GAAAGAAACUCCACUCCAAAUGAUUAUUCCGGCGCAGCCACGUAGUGCACGAGCCGACUCCAGUGCACGCUCAACCAAACCGCUUUUCACAUCAAAGCGCAAAUGAUCGCACGAGCAACACCUUUCCGUUACUAAAGGAAAAGGUCGCGGGUGUAUUGUUUAUUUCUUGUUCUUUUACAGGAAGCGGCGAUGCAGCAGGAGGAUGCGGGGCCGCGCGCUGGCGCAGAGGACUCUCCUGCCCCGGACACCGCGGGCAAACAAGCCGUCUCCGUGCUGCUCUCUUUCGGGAAGUGCCUCGGAGCACUGCUGCCGGUCUACCUGGCUGGAUAUUUCGGCUUCAGCCUCACGUUGGUCCUGCUCGGCCUCGCUGUGUUCAUGGGAUGGCAGCAGCACCGUGAUAGGAAGCUUCACCGCCUGCACGGCGCCAUGUAUUUUCAGGAGAAUGAGCAAGAUUUCACCACAACACGGGUGUUCAAGACCAAACGGGAAUUACCGUCAUGGGUGAGUUUCCCAGAUGUGGAGAAAGUUGACUGGCUUAAUAAGAUCCUGAAGCAAGCCUGGCCUUUUGUGGGCCAAUAUUUAGAGAAGCUUCUGGUGGAGUCGAUUGCACCCUCGAUCAGAUCCUCCAACGCUCAUCUUCAAACGUUUAGCUUCACCAAAGUCGACCUGGGUGACAAGCCUUUGAAGGUGGUUGGAGUGAAGGCCCACACUGAGCACGAUAGACGUCAGGUGUUGCUGGACCUGUAUAUCAGCUAUGCUGGCAACGUGGAGAUCAAUGGCGAGGUGAAGAAGUACUUCUGCAAAGCUGGAGUGAAAGGAAUUCAGCUGCAUGGAAAGCUGAGGGUGAUCCUGGAGCCGUUGAUUGGAGAUGUUCCUCUUGUUGGAGCCGUCACAAUGUUCUUCAUCCGGAGGCCUAUGCUGGAUAUCAACUGGACAGGACUCACCAACUUAUUGGACAUUCCAGGUCUGAAUGCCAUGUCGGACACUAUGGUAAUGGACGCUAUCGCCUCUUUCCUGGUGCUCCCCAACCGCCUCACUGUCCCUUUGGUGGCUGAUUUGCACUUAGCGCAGCUCCGCUCCCCUCUACCACGGGGCAUUGUGCGGAUCCACUUGGUGGAAGCCGAGAACCUGGCCGCCAAGGACAACUUCAUGAAGGGCGUGAUCGCCGGCAAGUCGGACCCGUAUGCCGUGCUGAGGGUUGGCACGCAGACGUUCACGUCACGCCACGUGGACAACAACCUCAACCCGCAGUGGAGGGAGAUGUAUGAGGUGAUAGUUCAUGAGGUCCCUGGCCAGGAACUGGAAGUGGAGAUAUUUGAUAAAGACCCUGAUCAGGAUGAUUUCCUAGGGAGGAUCAAGAUGGACUUGGGUAUUGUGAAGAAAGCACGAGUUUUGGAUGAGUGGUUCACUCUGAACGAUACACCAACUGGAAAGGUCCAUCUCAAGCUUGAGUGGCUUUCACUGCUGCCCUCUGCAGAGCGUCUUACUGAGGUCCUCCAGAAGAACCAAAACAUCACCACCUUCGGUAAGACUGAUCCUCCCUCUGCAGCCAUCUUGACCGUGUACCUGGAUCGGGCCCAGGAUCUUCCUAUGAAGAAAGGCAAUAAGGAUCCUAGUCCUUUGGUGCAGCUUUCUGUGCAGGAUACCACCAAAGAGAGCAGGACUUCUUAUGGUACCAGCAACCCAGUGUGGGAGGAAGCCUUUACCUUUUUCAUCCACGACCCUCGCAAACAAGACCUUGACAUUCAGGUGAAAGAUGAUGACAGGUCUGUGUCUCUGGGCAAUCUGUCCAUCCCUCUGUCUCGCCUGCUUUCUGUUGCCGAACUCAGCAUGGACCAGUGGUUCCAGCUGGAGUAUGCGGGCCCUGCGAGUCGCAUCUAUCUGAAAGUCAUACUGAGGGUACUUUGGCUUAAUGAAGAGGCCAUUCCCACCUCACCUGUGUCCCCAGUUCCCUCUGAUCCAUUCUUUGGAGGAGGUGAGGAAGGUAUCAUCUCAGACGUGACCUCAGGAGGGUCCAAGAAUUUACAGACGCGUCCACAGCACACCAGCCCAGAUGCCAGUUUUGCCUCUGAGGGUGUCCUGAGGAUCCACCUGAAGGAGGCCAAGGCUCUCAUAGCUAAAGAUAGCUUCAUGGGUGGCAUGGUGAAGGGCAAAAGUGAUCCCUAUGUAAAGAUCCGCGUGGGAGGGAUGACCUUCAAGAGCCGCGUCAUAAAGGAGAACCUCAACCCGGUGUGGAAUGAACUUUACGAGGUGAUUCUCACAGCACUCCCAGGCCAAGAGGUGCAGUUCGAUUUGUUCGACAAAGACGUGGAUCAGGACGACUUCCUCGGGAGGUUUAAGCUGAGUCUGAGUGACCUGAUUAGCUCCCAGUUUAUUGAUCAGUGGUACGACUUGAAUGACGUGAAAUCAGGACGGGUUCAUCUGACGUUGGAAUGGGUGCCGAGAGUUUCCGACUCGACCAGACUUGACCAGAUCUUGCACUACCAGUCUCAGCAGUUGUACGUGAAUAAAACCGUGCCGGCGGCAGCCAUCCUCUUCACGUAUGUAGAGCGAGCCCAUGGUCUGCCUUUAAAGAAGAAUGGACAUGAGCCAGUAGUGGGAGCUGAGCUGGUUCUCAAGAAUGUUUCCUCCAAGAGUAAACUUGCUGAGCGUUCUAUAUCUCCACACUGGGAUGAAGCGUUCUGCUUUCUGGUCCACGAUCCCAGAGAGGAAAUCCUUACCGUCAGAUUGUCUCACAGCUGGGGCCAGCCUCUGGGUGCAGUGGUGCUGCCUGUAAAAGACCUACUGAAGGAGCCCGGCUUGGUUCUGGAUCGGUGGCUUCCUCUGGAUGGAGCCCUGCCUGAAAGUGAGAUAUUGUUAAGGGCAGAGCUCAAGCUGCUUCACUCUAAGUUGGUAGAAGGUGACGGUGCUACUAGUGGCAUUGAAGAGGUGGACCACAGCAUCGCCAGUGCAGAGACAGAAGUCGCAGCCAAUCACGAGCUCAGACACAGGACAGCUCCCGCCCGUGGAGGCGGAGAUGCUGGAGCUAGUGGGCGGGGUCAGGUGAAACUCUCUAUUGUUUACUUGACUGAGGAGAGCAGACUGGCCAUCACUGUCUAUGGCUGCAGAAAGUUGCCGCCAUGCUCCAAGGAUGGCUCAGAUCCCUAUGUGUCCUUCAUCCUCCUGCCUGACAAGAACAGAAGCACCAAAAGAAAGACCAGUGUCAAAAAGCGAGACCUCAAUCCUGUGUUCAACGAGAGGUUUGAUUUCAACCUUUCCCUGGAGGAGGCCACGCAGAGACACCUUGACCUGUCCGUCAAAAAUAACGGUUCUUUCAUGAGCCGUGAGAAAGAGACCAUUGGCAGGCUGCAGUUAGAUCUGAAUCAGAUUGACCUGAGGGCGGAGGUGGCACAGUGGUACGAUUUAACAGAUGAGACCAAUUAACGUGGCCUUUGUAUGCUUACGUACGGCCUUUGUAUGCCUUCGCACUUGUAUGUCUGCAUCUGCAUGCUGAUAAUGUCACCUGUAUAGCACAGUGCAGUGGGUAGAAGAUGUGUCUAUGUAAUGUUAUGCGAUAUACGCUCUGUACUUGCUAUCAUUUCCAGCAAUACCAAAUGCAUUUUGGACGGGUUGUAACUGUCAGUGCACGCCAGCUGAAUAUGUGCCAAAGGGUAGAAAACAGUUCGAGUAUGAACAGUUUGAGUCUUGAUGGGAAUUAAAAACACUGAAUUAAAUGGACUGAAGCACUGUUCCUCUAUGGUGAUCUUAAAUAUAGUGUUUCCUUGAUACGUUUUAUUAUUUUAACAUCAAAGACACAUUCCUGCAUGUUUUUCAUAUUUUAGCUUAUUACAUAGCAGGUUGCUUGAGAUUUAAAAGAAAAAAGAAAAAAAAACGACCUGCAUUUCAAACUUAAAAGAUGUAUAAAAGCUUUAUUCCUUUAAGAAAACGGGUAAAAGUGUAGUUAUUUAAAGAACCGUCAUAGAACAGUAAGGGUCGCGUUACGGUUUCUUUAUAUUCUGGUGAAGUGUGCGUCUUUUAAAUGAAUAUUAAUACCCCUCAGAAACGUCACUCAAGGGUGUGUCCUCAAGGGUACCUCUUUUGUACCUUUUUUAAUAUGCAUCUUUCACAUGGAAAUGUGGUUGUGGUGUACCUUUUUAAAAAUAAUUUCCGGUACAUAGAUUGGUUAUUGGCGUUUUUAAAGGUGCACUACAUGCAUCAUUUCUAGGUAAACGAUACACACUGAAGGUAUACAGGGGAUAUAAAACUGGCCGGACAGAACCUUUUCUGCUUUUAUUGUUAAAUUUCAACCUAUAAAUUAAAGUGAAAAUCAAUACGAAUCAUUUUAUGGAAUUAUUUUAAAAUUU